AUGGCUCUUACAGACACGAACAUCCUUCAAUAUGCCCUGACGCUCGAGUACCUAGAGAGCAGCUUCUAUUCAGGUGCCCUGCAGAAGUUCGACGCACAAGACUUCGCCGAUGCCGGCUUCCCGCCCUGGGUCCGCGGCCGUUUUGAGCAGAUUGAAACCAACGAGAUGACCCAUGUCAAAUUCCUCCAAGAGGCGCUGGGAUCAGCUGCGCCGAAGCCUUGCACGUACAGUUUCCCGUAUACAGACCCGCCGUCGUUCGUCGCCCUGUCCAUGGCUAUCGAGGGCGUCGGCGCCGCUGCGUAUCUUGGUGCCGCCCAGUACAUCUCGGACAAGAGUGUCCUUAAUGCAGCUGGAUCGAUCUUGGCCGUUGAGCAACGUCAAGCUGGGUGGAUAUCCUCCUCUGUGCUCAAGGUUCAGCCCUGGGACGGUCCGUUCGAGACGCCACUUGGUUUUAGCGACGCCUUCUCUCUUGCUGCUUCAUACAUCAGUGACUGCCCCUCGUCGAACCCGCCUUUGCCGGUGGUCACUCUUCCGGUGCUUGCUGUGUCAUCGAUGUCUCCUCAACCUGGAUCGACCAUCUCGCUGACUUUCAACAACCCGAACAAAGCCUCGCCGACGUUCCUUGCGUGGCUCAGCGGGCUCGAGGUCGUAUUCACGCCCAUCGACGACGCGAGCUGGAACACGGUUGUCCCCGACGGUCUGCACGGUACAGUGUACGUUGGGGUGGUGUCGAGCGAGAAGAUGCCCAUAGGUGAUGAUCAAAUGGUCACUGGUCUUGCGAUCAUGCAGUUCCCGUUCGACUCGAUGGCACCGGAACUUGAUAACGAGUAG